AUGACUGGAAUCACUGUAGAGGAACUCUGCAUUUCUCUGCGUGCAGAUCUGUCGGCUCUCACACAAUUGGAGAACAGUUGUGAUGCCCAUCGUGUCUUUGACGAUAUGGAGCGGCGAGUUGUCAGUAGUAUUAGUGAUGGACUGCUGCCUAAUGGGGCAACGCCUGUGUUGGAUUGUUUAUUAUCUCAUAAUGAUAACAGGGAUAAUAACAAGAAGAGUAUAGACAACAACACGGAGGAGAAGAAGAUGAAGAUAAAGGAUCAUAAUCCUCCUUAUUAUUAUUAUCUUUCUAAUGAAGGUUUACUUGUUUUUGUGAGGGAUAUCUGUGAAAGUAUACAAACUUCCGGGACAGAUAUGCAGGAAGCUAAACUAUUAAAAAGGACAAUGACAUUUCUUAGUUUUAUUGUGAAUACAUUAUCGGAUAAUCUCUCUAUUGCGCAGGCAGAGGAAUUAUUACGAGUUGCUUUAAAAGUUUUCUUACUACUACAUCGACUAGAAAAACACACAGAGACACAAUCAGAGAGUUUGAAUGUUGUUAAUAAUGUAUUGAGACGAUGUAGUCAUCGCCUCACUCUUGCACCCUCAGAGCUAGAAGGAAUCAUGCAUGCAUGUAUACAAGUGAUGGAGGGUAAAACCAUAAAUGGUCAGCGAGUAAAGAGUACAGCUCUUCAACUGAUUGGUUGUUUGUGUAUAUCAUACACAGAGUUUAUGUUCCCACAUGUUACUCGUGUGCUUCACUUAAUGUUAACUGCAAUGGGACGUCUUGUUACUAUAGAUAAGAAGAAAAAUGAUCCUAAUAAUAUGUACAAGAAUGGAAUAGAUGAUAUUAUUAUUAUUAUGAUGAUGAAGGAUAAAGAGAAGAGAAAAGAAGAGAAAGAGAAGGAGAAAGAGUCUAUGGUAUUAUCAGUGAUAGUGGAGCAGCAACUCGUCGUGGAGGGAUUUCUUCUCGCUAUUGCCGACUACACAACAGUCUUUCCACUCACCUUUGACGACUCUGAUCAUCACACUAUUCCGCUGAUCCAUCAACUUGUUAAGAGCUCCAUUUCUCUAGUGGACAGUUCAAAGAACUACCGCCUUUGCAAAGCAGCACUUAUUUUACUUAAAAGAGGCGCUAUUCAUUUGAAAGAAUACCUCAUGAGGGAUGCGGAGGAGUAUUAUGAUAUCUUGAGAUAUUUGUGGAAUCACAAGAAUGUGGAAUUACGCCGGACUGCAUACUCGGCAACGGCAGGAUUUCUGCAGGCGUUGUCAAUUGUCUGGGGAGAAGUUCCGCAACACCGUGAACCCAUUCCCUUAUUGCGUUAUUUACAUAAUAAUAUUGAGACAACACUGCGGAAUAGUCACAGAGCGGCGAAGAGGGAAUUAUCAUUUGCGGUCAUGGCGCUUGGAUAUAUUGCGAAGCCUUUGAGUGUAUGGAUUGGUGUGGACUUUCUCACUCGUGUCUUUCAUGAGUUGAUCCACACAUGUGAAUUUCUACUAACUCCAAGUGUAGAGCCACGGCGAGAGAUGGUGCGGCUGUUGCCCUUCUUUAUCGUCUCCUUUGCGUUUGUGUUGAUGGAACUUCCACCGGAGUUGUGUGAACUCCCGCGGUGGCUGCGGCGACUGAUGUACACCGCACUGCAGUUGUGCCCGCGGGAAUUGUGCGCAGAGCGGGAUCGCGUUGCCGUUGGAACUGCAGUGUUGAAACUACUUGUGGGGAUUCACUACCGGGGCGGAAUGCAAUACACCGUUGCCGGCUUUGUACAGCAGUUACUCACAUUAGUUUGCAACCACACUUCAUCAUUAUCAUCAUUGUUAUUAUUAGAAGUAGUGCCUACGUCUAAGGAAGAAGAAAAAAUGAAUAGUUUGCAGAAGAUGCCAUCCUCCCAUACGGCGUAUUAUGUGAAUCUGUGGAAGUUGUUACUAUUGGAUAUACACAGUGUUGAGGAUUGGGGAUAUCCGUGGAGUGAAUAUGUGUCUGAGACUCUGUUAGAAACUCUGCGGUCUUCUUUGCGUCGAGAAAUGGUGCGAGUAGAAUGUGAAAUGCUGCGUCGAUUCGAUCUUUCACUCGUGAGUGAAGACCAUCAUAAUAUUAAUAAUAAUAAUGAUAUUAAUAAUAAUAAUAUUGAUAAUAAUGACAAGAGUAGUGCUAAUAUUUAUAUUCAGUGGUGCUCUGAGGAAGGUUAUGUGAGACGACCACGUAGCCCGAAUGAUUGCAUGGCCUUAUUUCAUUUUAUUCAGUUCUUUGUGAGUACUGUUGAUAUCACUGUAAACAACACCGUUAACAAUAAUAAAAACAAUACUAUAUGGAGAUCAGAGGAUGCCGCCUUGCGUCUGAUUGAAGUAUUUGUGAAACUCUCCAGAGAUAACACUCAUGUCUCUGGUUUCUACACAUGUCUUCACACCGUUCUGCAAACAGCGAGACGUGAGGAUCUUUCUCUAACGAAUGCGGAAGUAUUCCUACGACCCUUUGCUCUAACAUGUGCACAUCGACUAACCAUGUAUACUGAUGCAUCUCUCCUUCAGUGGGCUCUUUGCAUGAUGAGUUUGGCGGAAUAUGGAUUCGUAGAAUCAAAAGAGAUGAUGUUGUGUGCAGUUGAAGUAGUGCUUCACAAUACAAAAGACACUGCGGCCGUUACGGCGGCUCUUGCCUUGUUGAGAUCCAAUACAAAUGGAAUCUUUACAUCUCCUAUUUCUAUAUGUAAUGAUGAUAAUGAUCAUCAUCAUAAUCGUAUGCAGGGGAAUACCCUUCAAGAUUUGGUAUCUAAUCAAAAAAAGGCUUUAUCUUUACUACAUGAUAUACGACUAAGUAUGAGUAACCAACAGGGAUUUCUUUAUAAGAAGAAGAUGUUAACACCUCACCCUUGUUCUCGUUGUGUUGAUGGGAUACGACGUUCUUCACAUUCUGACAAUGCGAACAAGACACAUUUACAUCUUCUUAUGGGAGAUACAACACUCUCUUUACCGCUGGAUGUACUCAUUCCACGCAUUCUGUUGCUCUCUCACUGCAGAGAAAGUCCUCACGUGCGAAUGGCGGCGUGUCAGUUAUUGUGCAUAGUGAUAAAGUGGCUGCUAACGCAUGCUGUGGAAAAUUGGUAUGAUAGUGUCUUUGAGACUAUUGUGAAUUUAGCUGCAGACGAUGUGGAGGAUAUACGUGAUGGAUUUCGAAUGGUGUUAAGGCAGAGUGUGAAGUGGUUUGCCCAACAUGAUGUGAACUGCAGCGGAGCAGAAAUUGUGGAGAAUCUUUUUUGGCGAAUGUUAACAACAACAACAAUAAUAAUAAUAAUGUGUGGAGUGUCUGUGCGUCAGACGGCGUUGGAGGCCCUCAUGGAAUCUGUGGAGUGGAUUGUAGAGUAUCAUGGCCAUGAUAAUAGAGAUAUCUCUAUUCAUCAUUAUUACUAUCAUCUUUAUUCUUCUUAUCACCAUCAACAGGAAAGAGAAGAAGAAAUGUUUUCUGCUCAUGUGGAAGAAAGUCGAUUGGGACGUAUACUGCGGUAUUGCUGUGGACUCCUGCGUGAUAUUUCUCUACGCUGUCGGCUUGGAGCUGCGACGGUGUUGGGCCGCGUGUUGUUUGGACUGCGGGAUAACACAGUCCUCUCUCCCUUUGUGUUGAUGUUGAUGGAUACACUUCUGCAGGCCUUUGUGGAUGUGCGGGGAGAAAAAAAUGCGGAGGCGUUGACGCUUGUGGAGAAACUCCGCGAGUGUGUAAUGCGGCUGGAAUAUUAUCUCACACAGCACAGUGAUGCCCUUGUGAAGAUGUGGGGGGAGGCGUGUUGUGUAGAUGUGCACAAGGCGGUAUUAGAGAAACUUGUGAUCCAUGCAUACCGUGAGGGACGAAGUGCCGCCAACACUAUGGCACUCUUAAGACUCUUUAGGGCUUUCUACAAUUGUAAUAGCAAUAGGAGUGAUAAUAAUAAUAAUAAUAAUAAUAAUAAUAAUAAUAAUAAUUAUAAUAAUCACUAUUUAGAUGACUAUAUGACUAUAGUGGAAAGGGAGAGUAUGUGUGAAAUGAGUCUUGCAGAGCGGGCGGACUGCGGUCUGCAGUUGUGGGAUCAACACAACCGUUUGGGUUUUCAACGACCUAUGAGGAAACGUUUGCGGGAAGAAGAAGAAGAUGAUAAUAUUAAUAAUACUAAUAUUAAUAGUAAUAAUCAUAAUCAUAAUAUUAGGUGUGGUGUAGAGGAUACACUCCUACACCGAGUGCUGCAUGAUGUAAGUCAAUACCUGCAGGCUGUCCACAGUGGGAAUCAUCAUCAUAAUAACAAUCAUCAUAAUAAUAACAAGAGAAGUUUUAACGUUGAUGCGGAGCGAUUGUUCUCCAUCGCCCAUCAUUUGGUGCGAUUACUCCGCAAUGCGUCCGAGGCCACUCUGUGUCUUUCUCUCUGCGGUGAUUCUCUCCUACACGUGAGUUCAUGUCUAUUACUAAAUCCUGCAGAAAUUGGAAUAUCAACAGAUCUCUACAGUAGCAAUCCACAUUCAUCUGGAGAAGAUCUUCUUAUAGCUCUAUGGAAUACCAUACAAUACGACCCACACCGCAGGCAUACAUUUCUCGCUUCUCUGCAUGCACAAAUUCCCUCCGCUCUAUUGUCGCUGCAGCCAUCAGUACUGUUGUCUUUUCUUUUGGAUUCCUUUCAUGCAAACCCAAUUGCAGCCACACAGCGUCUUCAUGCAAUUGUUGUACUCGCAGGAUUGGGAUUGUGUGAAGAGUGGCUCUCACACUCUGUCUUGCAGAACCUUCUUGCUAGUCUCUCUAUACUUGUGCGGGAUGAUGAUAUCGCUGGAAGCCAGUGGGGGACUAUCUUUUCUCAUUUAUUGUUAUUACUAUUAAUAGCUGGUGGUAUGGAACUAGCGGAUAUUCUUGUUGGGAUGGAACACUAUGAUUCUCAAUGCCAAACUCUUGCUAAGAAGAUACACUCCAGUCUUCUUGUGGGAAUACUGAGAGAAGGAUGGAAAUAUGAAAAGGACGAUCAUAGUAGUAGUAGUAACAAUAAAUACACUUUCUUAUUGUUAUCACGUCUCUUUAUACAGUUAUGUCGUUUAUGUGGAGAAUUGUUUAUACGGAAGAAUGAUCAAAACGCCCUCGAGAGUAUUCCACUGGUAGCCUUACGUGGGAUAUUAGAAGAUAUCUCCUCCCUAGUGGAGUCUAAAGCGACAGGAAUAGAAACAGAAGAAGAAACUGUGGAUACAACUAUGAUCGUAUUACUAUUAGAAGAAGGUAUUGCUCCACUGAUGAAGAUAAGGCGAGAGUCUCCAGCUGUGUUAGAGUUCCUCUUGGAAGUUCAUUCUCACUGUCUGCGAGUGAGCCGUAUUGGAAAAAAGAAUAAUCUACUCCUGCGCUAUGAGGAGAUAUUAAUUAAAGAUAUUACUAUCUCCGUGAAUGGAGAGCGGUGGACGAUGCGUUCACAUACACUCUUGACUAGUCGUCUUGCAGUUCAAUUGUUUGUUUCUGGUGUUCAUACACUUUGUGAAGCUGUUACUCUCAUGAGUCUUUAUAAAUGUCCAUUACAACGGUAUCUUUCACUCACUACAGAGUUGUUAACACAUACGAUUAAUAAUGAACUACCACUUGAUUGGAAAGAACUUGGAUCAGACAAUUUGUGUGGAGAGAACCAAAUGAUUAUUGUAAAUGCUAUUCUAAAGCUUACAAGAUGUACAGCUGUGUAUAAGCGUGAACUGUUAUUCUUGUUAUUACCACUAUUACAACAAACAGAUUUACCCUUAUAUGAUAUUAUUAUGAAAGCUAUUUAUGAUGUACUAGAGCAAUUGACACCUAAUAUCCUUGGAGAGUUAUGCCAUCAGUCAUUUGAAAUGCAGCAAGAGGGUGGAUUUCCACAAUCCGCAUGGUUAGCCCUCACACAUUGUAUUCUAUUGCCAUCUCUAUUCUCUCUUCCACACGAGUUGAAGAUGAAUUUCUUCUUACAAUACAUUGUGGAUCUCGUAAGAGAUGCUGCCAUUCUACCAAACACAACAAUAACAACAACACUACAUCGACAGACGAGAGCAUUUAUUAUUCUGGAAGCCAUGUACCGCAUGAUGAAAGUAGAGGAUCUACGGGGUUCUAUACAUAUAGCCUUUAUAGGGAAGUAUGAUCAAACCAAAGAUAAAGAUAAGAAUAAGAAUGAUGAUGGGAAUCACAACGGAGGGAAGGAACUUAUUGUGAAACUCAUAAAAAUAUGCACAACGGCUCAAACCUUUGAAUUCCCAUUAGAACCUUCUUCUUAUGCUGUUUCUGCUCCUCUUAAUAAUAAUAAUAAUAAUAAUAAUAAUAAUAAUAAUAAUAAUAAUAAUAAUAAUAAUAAUGUGAGAAACUCUCAAGAGUUGAUGAUGUAUCGACAGGCUGCAUAUCGUUGCCUCGCAGCUCUUCUCACGGCAACACAAGAUCAGGAAAAAGUCUUCACGCGACUGUUGCUGGAUUCACAAAAUCAUCAUAUGUGGAAUCGCAUUGUAGAUAUUUCUCGCAAACACCAAUUCCCAGUAGAGGCAAAUUUCCCGCGGGUGACACAACAGUUGGUAAAGAUUUGUAGUGAUUGGGAAAUAAAUACGUUGUUUGCAUCGCAGAACCGUGUUGGCAGAAAUCUGUCUACAAUGCAGAUGGAUAAUAAUUUGCAUUCGCGUUGUUUCUCUCUUGGUCUAACGGAUUGUAUUCAUUUAAGUUCACAGAUAUCACUUGAGUCCCAUUACAAAGAGAGGGAGAAGUACAAAACAACUCUUGUUAACCCAUAUGAUAUUUCUGAGGGUGAGGAUGGUGUUUCAUCUCCUGUUUGUGUGAAUGUGGAUAGUGUAUGGACCAGUACAUGUUCUGGUGCUCUCCUCCACAUUCUGGACUUUAUGCUACUAAAGUUUAAUAAUAAUAAUAAUAAUAAUAAUAAUAAUAAUAAUAAUAAUAAUAAUAAUAAUAGUGGUUGGAUAAAUGAAAUUGUACGACUGGUCUGCGAAGGGACUAUUCAUAUAAACGUGAAACUAGUGUUGGUUCGUCUCAUCCAACUUCGGGCAUUAUACUUUGCACCAGCCGCGAAUACACUACGGGAUCCACUUGUAGAUCUCAUCUGCAGCAGUGAUGAUGGGAGCUGUGGGGGAUUACACUAUGUAGUCUACGAUCUGCUCUCAUUGCUGCUGCAGUGGUGUGAGAGAGAAGCGAUGAGGUUUACGGUGGACUCUGCAAGUCGAUUGAUGAAGUUUCUUCUCUCUGCGGUGCCACACCCGGAGAGUUGUGUGAUGGAACGGAAUUUAUCGUUACUGCGGCGCUUUUGGCACUAUACACGAGAACUGCAGCCUCUGCAGAAUACGGAGUUAUUACGAUUACUGCGAGGCUCUACACUAAUGGCGAAGUGUGGUGUAUAUAUCUGCCGUCUCUUUGUAAACGAUGGGGUGUUAUUAUCUUCUCUCGCGAUGGAUGUUAAGACUCCAUCAUCAUUAUCAUUAAGUGAAUUGCAUACAUCAUUUAUAUCCCUUUUGGAGAGAACAGAAGAUGAGGGGCUUUCUACUGCCAUUGCAGAGUUAAUUGGAUUAGAACUAAACAAACUUAAGGAAAUGAGUGAUAAUUUCAAUACUACUAAUAUUACUACUAAUCCUACUAUUAUUAAUACUACUAAUAAUACUAUUAAUAUUACUAAUACUACUAAUAAUACUAUUACUACACUGCGGGAGAUGAUACGAAUAACUGUACUGCGGCUGUUGUCUUCACGUGGGCGGAGUCAAGUCCUGUGGGCUCUGCGUGGAUUGAUAGAGCACGAUCUCAACAUAUUGGAGGAUAUUCCAUUCAGCACACUCUGUGCAAACUACACGGCUCUUGCCGUUGCUGAGCAGUUAGUACUACUCGAAAUCAUGAAUAAAGUGGUAACACGGAAGUAUUCAAAAGAAGAAGAAAAAGAAGGACGAGAGAAGAAGUGGGUUUCACAUGUAUACUCAACACUACAGGGACUUUUCUCAAAUACUUUACAUUCCUUUGUUGAAGUGGUGCGUAUAUCCCUGUAUGAAUUACUUAUUGGAUUACUUCCCUCCUUGUCGCUGGCUUCACUUGCCAGUGAACUUGAGAGUCUUGUGGUUCACUUUUUAUCAACAGACGCCUGGGAGGCAAUGCGUGCACGUGAGGAGACCAGAGUUGUAUUCUUUCAACUGGCCAUUCACACACAUAAAAUACAUCCAUCAUAUCUUCUCUUCCAUACACUCGUGAGAGGCGUAAAAGAUGUAUCUUUACAUGUACAAACUAUGCUGUUGGAGUAUUUGGACCGGCAUGUACUCCCACGUCAUAUCAACAGUCGUUUUAAUUCACUGUUGGAGAUAAUGAGAGAUCCACAAAUUAUUGGGACUGCGUGGUCAAAGUAUACAUCUGUGUUGUUGUUGUUGUCUUCUUCUUCUCUUGAUAACGGAAGUAAUGACAAGUGUAGUAAUGAGAACAGGAACAAGAGUUUUCCACUUUUACUCUCGCCGUCUAAAACAUUAGGGAAAUGUACAAAAUUGAAUACGCCACUAGUUCCUCCCUUUAUAUCUUUUUUUAACUCUCCAGUUCUACAAAAUGAAGAUUCUGCUGAGAUGUAUACAAAUAACGGUAAUGCCAGUGAUUCUCAUCUGGGAUCACUAAUUAAUGAACAGACAUCAAGUACAAUACUCUCACAUUGUAUGAUGAGAGAUGAUAAAUAUAAUGAAGAAGAUAAGAAAUUUCGUGAAGAAGGUCUCACAUCUGUGUUUAUUUUACCGGAUUAUCAUGACAGUGAUGUUUUGGAAGUUCAAAUGCCUCUCAGUUCUUUUCUGCUCCCGCUUCAGGCAUUGUGUCUACAUGACGAAGAGAUUGCACGCUGCUGUGUAGAUGCAUUUAAAGAGAGAUUGGAAUAA